CUUAACAGUAACUUUUGAAACAAUAUUAAAAAAUUUCGCCUUUCAUUCAAAUUAAACUUUUAUUCCUCUAAUAAUAUAUUUAUUACAAUAAAAAAGCUAUAAUAAUAGGAGUGAAAAGUUAAAAGUUUUACUCAUUUAUUUGUUAACUGUUUGACACAUUAUGUCUAAAACAGAUGAGAAUAAUAAGUCUAAAAGAGUUGGUCCGCCGCCUAUCAGACAUGGAGUGGAUUACGUUAAUCCAGAAGAAGAGGAUCAAAUGGAAAUCUAUGGAUAUCGACCACACUUUGUCCACACAUUGUUAACGUGGACAGCAAUACUGAUGACAUGCGGACUAUUGCGGCUUCUUUUCCAUUGGAAACCUCAUUGGAUGCUAACGUGUACUCACGUUAAGUGUCCGUUAGAUUGUGCCAAAAAAGUACUGCUUGUCGAUCAGUUUUUGCAAAAGUAUACCGAAAUUAUUGAACAUUUGUCAUCAAAUUCGCUGAAAUAUCAAUACUCUCAGUCCAAAGAGAGUUUGGAAGUGCCCUCCAAUAACUCCAACCCAUCUCAUAGUCUGGUUCGGCCACAACCUAACGGUGUCUUUGAACUCACAAACACUUUGACAUUCUUUGAAAAUAAAAAAGUCCGCUAUAUUUGGGAGUCAGAAAAGGGACAGUUCUUCAAAGUUCGUGGACUCGAUUCAGACAUCUAUUGCUCUUAUUUUUAUCAACAAAAAGGCCUUAUUAUUGAAGAGCAGGACAGCCGCCGUGUUCUCUACGGCGAGAACGCCAUUGUAGUGGAAGUGAAGACUAUUUUACAAAUUUUAGUCCAAGAAGUUUUGGAACCGUUUUAUAUCUUUCAAAUAUUCAGUCUUUUGGUUUGGACUCUCGAUGAGUACUAUUACUACGCGGCCUGUAUUGUAAUCAUGUCGUCCCUAUCCCUCACCUCAAGUGUCAUUCAGACGCGAAGAAAUCAAAAACAAUUAAGAGAUACCGUUCAGGGCGUCGACACCGUUAAUGUCUGUCGCGGUAACGAUGUCUACGAAGAGAUCGAGUCGUCGAGACUGGUUCCCGGAGAUGUGAUCGAAGUGCCCGCCUAUGGAUGUGUUAUGCAAUGCGAUGCCUGUGUUAUCUCCGGCAAUGUCAUCGUCAACGAAGCCAUGCUUACCGGUGAGAGCGUUCCGGUGACGAAGACUCCGCUGCCCAACACAACCAUUGAUGAACAGUACGACACUAAAGAACACGCAAAGCACACACUGUUUUGCGGCACAAAAGUCAUUCAAACUCGUUAUUACAAUAACGCCAAAGUGAAGGCCGUUAUCAUACGUACGGCAUAUCAGACGGCGAAAGGAGAGUUAGUCCGAAGCAUAAUGUUUCCAAAACCGGUCGACUUUAAGCUCAAUCGACACAUCCAUAAGUUUAUCUCGGUUUUGGCUGCGCUCGCGUUCAUCGGUUUCAUAUACACAGUGAUCCUGAAGGCAAUGCGCGGCACUCCGUGGCAUAAAAUACUACUUAAAGCGCUGGACCUGAUCACGAUUGUCAUACCGCCAGCACUGCCCGCAGCCAUGACUAUAGGCGUAGUGUUCGCGCAGUCGAGACUUCGGCGCUCAAACAUCUUCUGCAUAUCUCCGCGAUCUAUCAAUAUUAGCGGUUGUAUUAAUUGUGUCUGUUUUGACAAAACCGGAACACUUACUGAAGACGACCUCAACUUCGCUGAAGUGGUUCCCGUCAACACCGAUAAGAAUAAGUUUGAAUCGGCGGUCGACGUGUUGACAGAGUUAGAGUUCGGUCCGUUAAUGGUAUGUCUGGCGUCCUGUCAUUCGUUGACUAUAAUCGAUGACAACAUUAUUGGCGAUGCUUUGGAUCAGAAGAUGUUUGCGGCCACAGAAUGGCAGUUAGAAGAACCCCACGUCUCGGACACUACUAAAUAUGAUUUAUUAGCGCCAACUGUUGUCAAACCUAAAAACAAGGAUUUAGGUCUUGAGGUGGGAAUUUUGCGUCAGUUUCCCUUCUCGUCUAGUCUUCAACGGAUGUCUGUCAUCACUCGUCUCUCCAAUGGAUCUGAAUUCGAAGUGUACGCAAAGGGAGCGCCGGAAACGAUAUCCGUUUUGUGUGAUCCCAAUUCACUGCCAGACGACUUCACCGAUACUCUUAUGGAGUACACGGAAAAGGGGUUCCGAGUGUUGGCCUUAGCCUAUCGGCCGCUGCCGUCGAUGACGUACCCGAAGAUGCAAAGAGCGAGUCGCGAGGAUCUCGAGAAGAAUUUACAAUUUUUAGGUUUACUUAUAAUGGGAAAUAUGUUAAAACCAGAGACCACUCCAAUCAUUGAGACUCUCUUAUCGGCCAAUAUUAGGACAGUUAUGAUUACGGGCGACAAUAUGUUAACGGCACUGAGCGUAGCGCGCGAUUGCAAUAUGAUUCAGCCCUACCAUAAAGUAGUACUUCUAGAGCCCGAGUCUUUGGGUCACUUGGAUAACGAUGAAGAGAUCCCUUUGGCCAUAAGAGGAACCGUAUUCGCACGUAUGGCACCCGAACAGAAGCAACAACUCGUUGAGCUGUUGCAAGAAUUGGGAUAUAUUGUGGGAAUGUGCGGCGAUGGGGCCAAUGAUAUGGCGAGCCUAAAGCAGGCGCACGCGGGGGUCAGCCUGUCUGAGGCGGAGGCGUCGGUCGCGUCGCCCUUCACGUCGAAAACGCCAAAUAUCUCGUGUAUACCAAUCCUCAUACGCGAAGGCCGGGCCUCUAUUGUCACCUCAUUUGGUAUAUUGAAAUACAUGGCGUUAUACAGUUUGACACAAUUCUUCUCCGUUAUAAUCCUCUACACCCCAGCAUGCCAAGCGUUCGAUCAGUUGAACCGAAAGCCUCCGCCUUCUUCUCUCAUCGGAAUCACUCCAUUGUCUUCCAUAGCAUUGCAGAUACUUUUGGUGGCAUUCAUACAAGUGAUUGCUAUUGUAAUCAUACUUUUGGUGGCAUUCAUACAAGUGAUUGCUAUUGUAAUCGUAUGGCAACAGUACUGGUAUAGACCGCAUAAGACCAGCGAUCCAGAAGACCUCAAAAGUCAUGACAAUUACGCCAUCUUUGCCUCUUCCGUCUUCCAGUACAUCACGCUUUCCGUUGUCUUCUCGAAGGGAGCGCCUUAUCGGAGGCCUAUCUAUACCAAUCGCUUAUUUACCACGAGUUUGGUUGCUAUGAGUGCAUUGAGCGCCUAUUUAGUGAUAUAUCCGGCCGAUAGUAUUGCCGAAUUCCUUGAGCUGGACGUCGAGGCUAUUCCGCUAAACUUUCGCGUAUUAAUGGUGUUGUUAUCCAUCGCUCACUUUAUCCUUGCCUUCUUUGCUGAGGUUUGUCUUAAACAAUACCUAUUAUAG